CGUCGAUGACAGCGUAUAAAAGUACGAACAAUCUUAUCCCGGAGCAUCAGUCUUCUGACAAUCUUCUCGCAAACAAACAUGGCCGGCACGCUCCUCUUCUUCUUGGGAUUGACGGCGCUCGCUCGCGGAGCUUUGGUGCCCGCUGUGCUACCAGCAGCGGCGCCCUUGGCGAAGCUGGAGGAAUUCGACGCGGUGCCACAGUACAGCUUCGCGUAUGAUGUGCAAGAUGCGGUGACCGGCGACUCCAAGGCCCAAUAUGAGACCCGGAACGGUGACAUCGUGAGGGGUAGUUACAGCCUGAUCGAGGCUGAUGGUACGCGUCGUAUCGUCGAGUAUACCGCGGAUCCGAUCAAUGGUUUCAACGCGGUCGUCAGCAGGGAACCGGUGAUCGCCGCCAUCGCGGCGCCGCUUAGACCGGCCGCGUUGGCGCCGAUCGCCCCGGUUGCUCCCAUCGCCCCGGUCGCCCCGUCAAUUCCCGCCAGCGGACCCGACUCCGACGUCGAGGUGGUCGAGGCCCGAUCGUCGGGUAUCUCGACACCGGCGAGGCGCGAGCAGGAGAGUCAGCGUCAGCAGUUCCAGCGGCUGCAAGAACAACGUCAACAGCAGGAGCAGCAAUUGCAGGAGCAGCAAAGGCGAUCGUCGAGAUUGCAGCUCCAGCAACAGGAGCAGCAGCAGGACCGCCGACAACAGGCCGCAUCUUUACGGGCCGGUCAGGAGCAACAGCCAACGGCGAAUGCUCGAUUCAUCGGUCUCCCGGCCAGGGCGGUAGCCACUUAUCCGACGUAUCCCUACAGCAUCGCGUAUUCCUCGCCGGUCGCUUACGCUGCACCCCUCACUGGUCUCGCUUAGAACCUCUCAUUAGCAUAAAUUUUAUUUGUGUGUAUCUCGAAUUGCAACCAGUCCGCAUCUCGUUGUUUUUACCCCAAUUAUAUACGAUGAAACUGAAAUAAAAAUUGUUUACCAUGAGUUACUUAUAAA